ACAUUAACUGAUAAAACGAAACUCUACAUCAACAGCACGAGCUUCUCCGCUUCCCUUUUGACUUUUGCGUCUCAAUGAAGCUUCUUAUGCUUCUCUGAGCUCUCCCUUCAAUAUCUCUCUCUUGCUCUUUCUCGAAGCAGUAGCGAUUUCUUGUGGGAAUCAGUAGCGGAAUGGGAUGCGUUGGAUCUUCGCAGACCAAAGGCGAAGCUUUUUUCAAAGUUUUUGGAAGUGCUGGUGCCUGCAUGAAGGUGGCUGUGUCAUUUUUACUAAAGGGACUGUGAAAAAGAUCAGGAAGCCAAAACCUUGGAAGCAUCCACAGCCAAUAACAAAGACUCAGCUCAUGCAGUUGAGAGAUGAGUUUUGGGACACCGCUCCUCACUAUGGUGGCCGGAAAGAGAUUUGGGAUGCACUUCGAGCUGCUGCUGAAGCUGACUUAACCCUUGCGCAAGCGAUCGUGGAAAGUGCAGGGGUCAUAGUUCAAAGUGCUGAUCUGACAAUUUGCUAUGAUGAAAGAGGUGCAAAAUAUGAACUGCCAAAAUAUGUGUUGAGUGAGCCGACCAACUUGAUCCAAGACGGUUAAUAACGGUGACGAUAUACUGCACCAUUUGUGCGGAGAUUGAGUGUAAAUCAUGUAUAUUAUUCCGUCAUCCUCUUUCACAAAGUAAACUUUUAUGAAUUUCUAUUUGCAUAUUCGCUUUGGACUCUUAGCUAGCUCUCAGUUUCUGCGGGUAAUUGAGUGAGAAUGCAACAUCCAUUUGGAUUUUAUCCCCAAA